GUUUUUUUUUUCUUUCUAUCUAUUCGACCUUCUUCUUGUUUUAUUUCUGUCUAUUUUGCAUAACUAAAUCGUUAGAUUGUACUCUCUCUUUCACUCUUUUUUUUCUUAGUCUCCCCUUCCUCUCCUUUUGUUUUCUAUUUAUUUUAUUUUCCAUAUCUUAGAUAUUUAUUUUAAUUCAUGGUAGGCGCUCAUAAUCCUUCUACUUCGCAUGCACGACCACCUUUCCCUUCCUUUGUCGCUGAUGCAGCUAUGAACUCAAACGAAAACCCAGCAAAGUCCAAAGCUUCCAAUCCCAAGAAAGGAAGCGCCCGAUUAUCGCAUCAUCAAAUCAAUACUUCCUCCAUUCCAACUCGUUUAAAACUUUCCAAAACCCCCGACAGUCAUCAUGACCAUCCACCCGUCCUACGAACCAGCAGUUCAUCAAGAUUUGGCAAAAGUCUUCUUCCGGCUUGGCUCGGAGGUGUCAGCAGCGUCACACCGUCGGUGUCUUGCGAGUCCAUCUCGACCGAACUCGUCAACCAGCAGGAACCGCAACCACCCGUCGACAUGGAUCUCACGGACAACGAACUGCACAGCAAGUUUGAGACGUUGCUGGAUGAACUGAAUAUGAAAUCGAGUCAAAGAGACAAGCUUCGAGAAUUGCCGCGCGAACGGAAGCUCUAUCUCUUGCAACAAAACCAACACAUCAAAGAUAACAACCACAGUCCAAGCACCAGCGCCAGUGCCACAACCCAUAGUAAUACGGCCGCUGGUACACUGUCCUCCAAUCCCAGUACAUCGACAGCGUCUGGAAAACAGCCGGCGCCAGCAGAAGACGGCCAUCGGAAAAGCUUGAUCGAGUCAAGUUCCAGCAAUUCCCUGUUUUCCAAUACACGCAGCGGGUUUCGACAGAAAGCGGCCGCUAUUAAACGAAGCGAUACAUCCCGGCUUUUGUUCGGUAGUCGGUUGCCUAGUCGACCAAGUCAACUCAACAGCUUGGCAAGCAGUGACAAGACGACAACCGUCCCGACGGCAGCGGCUACCAAGGAAAAAGACACAUCCGCCGUGGCCAAUUCCGUCGAACCGGCCAAGCCGGCCACCAGGAAACCCAUGGCGGCCACCGAAGGACGAGCGGCCAUUUACAAGUACCGUCGUCGUAACAUGUUGGUCGGCAAUCACUGCAACUCCAAAGUCGGAUCGAUGAUCCUGGAAUUCGAUGCUUUGGCCCAACAUGAAGAUAAAGAAGCCGCGGCAUGGCUGUUGUUUGAUAAUACACUCCCCCGCCAACCCCUGAAUCUCACACCGCGAAAAAGCGAAUCCACCAAAGCACAACCCUUCCAAAGUCUGUCACGAAAAGACGGCUUGCAGUUUUCCACACUAGUCAACGCAGACGAUCCUAAACGCUGCAGGGAUCGAACUAGCCCUUACUACUUUGUCGAGCGACUACGAUGCAGAAACACGCCCAUGGAUUCGAUUACCAAGCAUCUCACCGGUCUCAAGGUAACGUUAUCCACCGGAAACAUUUCUUGGAUCAAUGAGUUUCUUUCACGACGUCACGACGGCCUUGGUGCCUUGGAAGGCGUGUUGGAACGCCUAAAUACGAAAAAGAAAAAAAAACGGGACAGUCAACGACUGGUGAAAUCCGACGAACUGUGUCUUCUUGAAUGCUUAAAGUGCCUUGGUGCUUUAUUGAACACAGAGAUCGGUCAGCAGCAGAUCUUGAUGCGACCCAAUCUAUUCCAUCAGCUCAUCUUUGCUCUAUUUACUGGACUUGCCUCAGUCUUAAUAUGCAUUGAUACUGUUUCCACCCUCACACGAUCACCGUCGCAAGGCUCCGUGGCGUCCCAGGAAAUACCGUCUCCGUCCACAUCGACCAUGACCAAACCCCUUGGAGCGGAUGCAUCGGAUUCGAAAGAUGACUCAUUGACCGCUUUGUCUACGGUCGUCUUCAAAGUAUGCAUUCACACGCUUGAAAUAUUAUCGACGGUGUGUUUGUUAUCACAACAAGGCUACGACUUUAUUUUACUCGUGCUUUCCGAAGUGCGAGGAGAACAGUACCGAUUCGAGCGGUUAGUACAAAGUCUGUGUGGCAAACCGGCAUGGAAGCAACAGCCGCAGCAGCACACAGACGAAGCCUUGCUGUGGGAAUCCAAGGCAUCUAUCGUUAGCUUAUUCAACGCCCUUGCCAACUCGCCCGAGGAUAUUGAAACGCGUCGCUCUAUUCGUGCUGAACUCGAACGUCGUGGCCUGGACGAUUAUUUAAAGAGUUUGGAGACGGCCGAGCUACCGGAUGUCAUGCAGGAACAUGUCAACAAGUACCUUCAAGGCAAACGAUCAGAUAUGAAGCUGUUGCGUGAAGUGGAAAUGACCAAACGUCAAAGUGUUUGGCACAUGCAACCUACUGAUAUGAUCUCGGCGGCCUUGAAAGGUUAUUCGGAAGAACCCGAUAUCUACUAUCUCAUUGUCGACAGUGUCAGUGAGUUGUUGAGUCUUGGAAGCGAUAAACUCAAAUCCAACAAGAGAUUUGUGCAAGAUGUAUGGAGUCUUAUCAGCAUCUUUUCCAAAAACUUGAAACCGGUGCGAUCCACUGAUGACUUUCAGCACGCAUUGCAGCAAUUCUUAUUAUCCACGCAACCGAUUGUCGGUAAACUGUCGUCUGAUAUUUUAUUGGAUCGAAAGGCCGACGAGGAAUCGGCUCAUGCGACGGCGACGGACGGGAACCGAAACAACAUGGAAGAUGUCGAAGGAUUACGCAAUAUGGUGGAAGAAUUGAAAGACAUGAUUCAAAAAAAUGAGGAAGCGACGGCCAAGAUCCGGCGAGAGAAAAAUGAGUUGUUGAUGAAAGUGUCCAAGUUCCAAGCCGAGAUACAGGAGAAGGAUCACCAAAUCGUAUCCAUGCAACAGGCACAUCAGAAACAGGAACAGCUUCGGUCAGAAACGUACACGGCGCCUCCCACGCCUGCACCCGAUGCGAGCGCACCAGGACCUGACACGGUGCCUCCUCCCCCGCCACCUCCACCCCCACCACCGCCACCACCGCAGAUGCUGAUGCCUUCGAUUGUCGCACGACGAAACUUUAGAAAACGCAGUGCUUCGAGAUCAUCGAAAUAUUUCCAUCCGUUAGCCCUGAAUCUUUGUUUCCCCAAUCUCAAGUCGCUUCAGGAAAACUCGGUUUCGCCUAAAAGCCCACCAUGUGCGUCACCUUCCGCCACAACGUGUUACACAUUUCCCUCCAUCUCGGAUCAUCUUACCGACAGCACCAACACGUUGCUGGACGCCCAGAACAGCUUACGCCAAGCUCAUCCAUCCACCAAUAUUACCAUGAAGCAAUUGUUCUGGUCCAAAUUGACGCCUGAGCGGAUUCAAAAUACUGUGUGGAAAGAAAUCCUGUCGACCGAUUUCGAUCACAGCAGCCUAGAGUCACCUUUGACCAGCAGCAGUAGCGAGGCAGAAUCCGAUGAUGCAUCUUCUGUGCACAAUAUUUCAAGACGCGCGUCAGAACAGAGUACUCCAGAUAGUGUUUACAAUGCGCUUAAAAUUGACACCAACGAAUUGGAACGUUUGUUCAAAAAGCCCCAAGGCAUCUGCAAACAGAUCAACAAUAACGGAGGACAACCAACAGGUCGCAAGACCGGCAUGGUCACUCUACUCGAAUUCAAUCGCGCCAACAAUAUCGGCAUUAUGCUGGCUCGUAUCAAGUUGACCUAUCCCGAAAUUCGAGAUGCCAUUUGGAAUAUUGAUGAUCAUCGUCUUACCAUCGAUAACCUGGUCGCGAUACGCCAGUAUAUUCCCACCAAAGAAGAAAUUGAAAUUGUCAAGGAAUACGACCAGGAUGUGGAAUUGCUCGGCAAUGCUGAACGCUAUUUCCGAGCGAUCAUGUACAUCCCUCGUUUGGCGGAUCGUGUGAGCUGCAUGAUUUUCCGAAGACGCUUCAAGUACGAAUUGGAAGAAAUUAUUCCCAAUCUGGAUACACUUCAAAACGCUAUUUGCGAGCUGAGAGAAAGUGCGCGCUUCAAGCGAGUGCUCAAGACGGUCUUGGCCAUCGGCAACUAUUUGAACGGCCAAACCAUCCGUGGAAAUGCUUACGGAUUUCACUUGGACGCACUUCUCAAGAUGCGAGAUACACGUGCCGAAGGCGAGGGAACCACUAACAUGCCUACUUUGCUUCACUACCUUGUAUAUUUCUUAACCAAAUCUGGAGAUGAUGUGGUGGACUUCCGAGAUGACAUUGUUCAUCUCGAGGCCGCUGCGAAACUUUCCCCACCUACGCUGUUUGCUUCCAUCAAUACAUUGAGUGGUAGCCUUGCCCAAAUCAAGGAUGAACUCAAUAUGCACCGACGACGAAGGACAUCAAUGCUGCAAAUCGAUCGUUUCGCGGAGGCAAUGGAGGAGUUCUUGAUCGAAGCGGAGCCUAUUGUGGACGAUCUGAAAUCUAUGGCCAAAGACGUGGAAGAAAAGCUCAGAGACCUGAUUGUCUACUACGGAGAAGACCCGACCGUGGUGAAAUCGGAAGAGUUUUUCGAUAUCAUCAAUACCUUUACCAUGUCAUUUGGUCGAGCCCAAGUGGAGAUCCAUGAAGCGCGUCAAAGAGCACUUCAGCGACAGAAACAGCAGGAAAUGAAGAUUGUGAGUGACUUGAACAAGGGUGAAAAAAAAUAGAGUGGCCCCAUGAUUGACCAAAAAUAUUGUAACUUAGAAACGGCAAAAAGAAGAAGCGUUACUCCCAUCUCCGCGAUUUCCUAUGUUCCUCUCUCCCAGUCUGUUGUCACGAUCGACGUCUUCGGAAAGUGUCUCCAGUGACGACCGUCAACACCAUUCCCUGCUGGCCGAAGCAGAUGCGUUGGCUGAAGAAGGCGGCUUUGAGCAAAUGUUGCGAGAUUUGCGUGCAGGUUUAAAACGCAAUGAACAAUCGUGGCGAGUUAAACGGGUAGUGAAAAGAGAUAUCUCUCGACUUCCUACUUUAGCUUCCUGAGAAUCAAUCUUUGGGGCCCAUCUUGUUCUCACAUAGUUUUUAGUGCUUCUUGUAUUGACAAAGAAAAAAUAAAUAUAUAUAUAAAAAAAGGAAGAGCAUCAAGAUACAACGAUUU